GCCGCCGAGGCCCCGUUCAAGAUGGCGGACGACAGUGAGACAGCAAUGAGGCGGCCGCCGCCGAGGCCUCAGCGGCCGUCGGCGGAGGAGAACGACCACGAGCACUGCAGCGACUGCGAGAACGAGGCAGAGCACGGCUCCAACCGCGGUGGCUUGAGUCCAGCAAAUGACAGCGGAGCCAAAAAGAAGAAAAAGAAACCGAAACGGAAGAAAGAGAAAGGAGGAGACCAAGCUGACCAGGCCCAGGACCAGCCAGUGAAGGUGAACUCUCUACCAGCUGAGAGGAUCCAGGAGAUUCAAAAAGCCAUCGAGCUCUUCUCUGUAGGACAGGGACCUGCCAAAACCAUGGAGGAAGCCAGCAAGCGGAGCUACCAGUUCUGGGACACGCAGCCGGUGCCCAAGCUCGGAGAAGUGGUGAACACCCACGGUCCCGUUGAACCGGACAAAGACAACAUCCGUCAGGAGCCGUACACCCUGCCCCAGGGCUUCACCUGGGAUGCCCUGGACCUUGGCGACAGAGGCGUGCUGAAAGAGCUCUACACGCUUCUGAACGAGAACUACGUGGAAGACGAUGACAACAUGUUCCGGUUCGAUUACUCGCCCGAGUUCCUGCUGUGGGCGCUGCGUCCUCCAGGCUGGCUGCCCCAGUGGCACUGCGGUGUCAGAGUUGUCUCCAGCAAGAAGCUGGUUGGAUUCAUCAGUGCGAUUCCAGCCACUAUCCACAUCUAUGACACAGAGAAGAAGAUGGUGGAGAUAAAUUUCCUGUGUGUCCACAAAAAGUUGCGCUCCAAACGAGUGGCUCCAGUUCUGAUCCGAGAGAUCACGCGGCGGGUUCAUCUGGAGGGAAUAUUUCAGGCUGUUUACACUGCCGGAGUGGUGCUGCCAAAGCCUGUGGGGACUUGCAGGUACUGGCACCGGUCCCUGAAUCCUCGGAAACUCAUCGAAGUCAAAUUUUCCCACCUGAGCAGGAACAUGACUAUGCAACGCACCAUGAAGCUUUAUCGGCUGCCAGAGACUCCCAAGACUCCCGGCUUGCGGCCCAUGGAGCAUAAAGACAUUUCUGCAGUGCAUAAGCUCUUGACCGAAUACCUGAAGCAGUUCCACCUGACGCCCGUCAUGAGCCGAGAGGAGGUGGAGCACUGGUUCUUACCUCAGGAGAACAUCAUUGACACCUUUGUGGUAGAGAGCGCCCCUGGGGAGGUGACAGACUUCCUGAGCUUCUACACACUGCCCUCCACCAUCAUGAACCACGCGACCCACAAGAGUCUCAAAGCUGCUUAUUCCUUCUACAACGUUCACACCAAGACGCCUCUCCUCGACCUCAUGGGCGAUGCUCUCAUACUCGCCAAGUCGAAAGGAUUUGACGUCUUCAAUGCACUGGAUCUCAUGGAAAACAAAACCUUCCUGGAGAAGCUGAAGUUUGGGAUUGGGGACGGGAACCUGCAGUAUUACCUGUACAAUUGGAAGUGUCCCAGCAUGGCACCAGAGAAGGUUGGACUGGUGUUGCAGUAAGCGAGCCCUGCGAGGAGAGCCCUGCGAGGAGGAGCUGCGCCCGCGAGACGCUGCCCUCGCCGUUUGCACCCGAGCUGGACCCGUGCGUGGAGCAGCGGGACUGGAGCAGCUAUGCAGACAGCGACCGAUUUUUAACGCUUGUAUCACACGCAACCGGCCACAGCUCCCCGGGUGGCCUUGGUGGCCUCCUUUGUUUUGAUUUAAUUGCAUCCUCGUAAAGACAUGAUCAAGGGAAUGUAACUGCAAAAACUAGCUCAUGAUUGGCAUAUAAUGGAGUUAACGGGUGAAUAAUAAAAGUAUAUAUUAUAUAUAUUUUAAAUCUUUCCUGUUGCAAACUGACACUAAUGCACUCAUCUGC